AUGAAGACUCUAGUUCAAGCCGACCCAUCAAAGCCCAUGUACAAGCAUCAGGCCACCAUGGCCACGCUUCCCGUACCUGACUUGAAGGCUACUUGUGAAAAGUACCUUCGUUCAGUACGUGCAUUGGUAUCUGAUGCCCAUUACGCACGCACAAAGGCGGCUGUAGAUGAAUUCUUGAAGCCUGGUGGAGAGGGUGAAGUCUUGCAAAAGAGGCUGCUCGAACACAACAAGAAUACAUUGACGGAUUGGUCUCAGGUUGUCGUUGCUGGUGUCGAUGGCAAGCCACAUCCUGCUGCUGGAAAGGCCUACACUUCAUGGUUGUUGGACGACUGGAACCGUGAUGGAUAUAUGGCAUACCGAGACCCUGUUGUAGUCAACGUGUCCUACUUCUUUAUGUUCAAGGACGUACCCAAGCUUGCAAACAACCCAGUCCGUCGAGCAGCUGAAAUCGUCAAGGCUACUCUUGCCUUCAAGAAGUUGGUCAUCAAUGAAGCAUUGGAAGUAGACAUGGCUCGUGGAUUGCCUCUAUCCAUGGAUCAAUUCCAAUGGAUGUUCAACACCUGUCGUAUCCCAAAAAUCCCAUCUGAUGUGACACGUGUCGCUGAUAUGAAGACCCACAACCACAUCAUUGUAACUCGUCACAACAAAUUCUACACUGUAUCAAUGGUACACCCUGAUGGUCGUGAACUCUCUACUGCUGAAAUCGAAGAACAAAUCAAACGCAUCUACCACGCAGCUGGGGACGCCAAAGCAAUUCCAGUCGGUGUAUUGACCACCCAAAACAGAGACGUAUGGACCAAAGUCCGUAACGAAAUGUUGGAAUCACCACUCAACAUAGCCAGUCUGGAUCAAAUCGAAACUGCCUCCUUCUUGAUCGCUUUGGAAAGUGGUACCCCACAGACCUAUAAUGAAAGCAGUCGAGCUGCUUGGGUCGGUGAUGGUAGAAACCGAUGGUGGGAUACUCCUUGUCAAUACUUGAUUUGGGAUAAUGGUCGUGCUGGUUUUGUUGGUGAACACUCUAUGAUGGAUGGUACUCCUACCAAUAAGCUCACUGAAUGGGUACUUGAAAAUCUGGCAAAGGGCAAGAUUGACCACGGCUCAUCCUCAUCAUCAGUCAGCCUCCCAAGUCCCCAACAACUCCAAUGGCAAAUCACUCCAUCAUUGGGCUUCCACGUCAAAUCCGCUGAAUGGGCAUUCGACGACCUCGUCGGUCGUCACGAACUAUCCACAUUGGAAUUCGGUGAUUUCGGAAAAGAUCAAAUAAAAAAGAUGGGAUUGUCUCCUGAUGCGUUUGUACAAAUGGCUCUACAAUUGGGAUACUACAAGAUGCAUGGUGUUUGUAAACCAACUUACGAGAGUGCCCAAGUCCGAAAGUUUGCUUUUGGACGAACUGAAACUUGUCGCAGUGUCUCUGUUGAAUCUGUUGCUUGGGUGAAGGCUAUGCAGGAUGCUUCAGUCUCUAUUGAGGCUAAAGCUGAUCUUGGACGUAAAGCUGUUGGAUCUCAAGUUGCAUACAUGAACGAUGCAGUAGAGAACCGUGGUUGUGAUCGUCACAUGCUUGGUCUCCGCUACCAAAUAAAGGCCGGCGAGCCCAAACCCAGAAUCUUUGCCGACCCCGUAUACGACGAAACUCGCAGCUGGAACCUCUCGACCUCUCAAAUCUCAUCUGAACACUACACAGGAUACGGAUGGGGUGAAGUCGUGCCCAACGGCUACGGGAUCCCAUACUGUAUUCGAGACAAGUCUUUACAUGUUACCGUGACAGGUCUAAAGCCUCUUGAACCUACCAGGCUCACAUACCAUAUAGGUGAAGCGUUACGUGAGAUGAGGGCUGUGUUUGAGGCUGUCAAGCCUGUAGAGAACAAGAAGGAGCCUGUCAAGGCCAAGCUUUGA